CUGAGCACUGAGCACUGAGCACUGAGCACUGAGCACUGAGCAUUCACUCCACACCAUCAGAGCUUGCUCCAAAAUGGCAAACAGUGAAGGUGCCUUUCAGGUCUCCCAAGAGCUGAAAGAUCUGGAGCGUUACAUCGACGAACAUGCUGCCGAUCCGCAGGCGGACGCCACGAUUGACCGGUGCUGUGCCUAUAUCACGGCCCUGCCUGCCAGUGUUCACUUGUUUUGCGAGAGGAGACUUCGAAAAGUGAUGACCAAUUGCCUUUACGUCUUUUCCAGCCCGAAGCGACUAGGUGCGGCCGGUGAUAACGCAUUCUUGACGAGAGUGGCGGAUAGUGUCAGGAAUUGCCAUAACUGUGUGCCCGAAUACGUCGAGACGAAAGAGGCAUUUAGAAAAUCAUUAGUGCUCGCAGGUUUUGAGCAAGAUGGCAUCGAAGCCACGAUGGAGUCCGUCAUUAACUGGGAUAAGAAUCGACUACGGAAUCACCUAUACAACGAAGCACGACGGCUACCACCGCUGACCUCGGCGGAACAGAGGGGUGAUCAAGGACCGUGGCAGUGCGCGAUUUACGAGUGUCUCUGUGUUCCACAGUACUUGAUCUCACAAGAACUUUAUGAGCCGUUCGUGGAGUGUUUUAUUGCUGUUAAACCGUUUUUGCGGUUCAAGGAUGGGCUUUUGGGGGGGAUGGUGGAGUUGUUGUAUGAGAGGCAUCCGCAUUUACGGAGGUGGGCGAUCAAGUCCUUGACUUAUCUCGCGGAUUCUAUCCAGACUGGAAAAGACACGCCGAUCAAGCCCGAUACAUUCAACAAGAUCGCUAAAGGCUCGUUCUUCCGGGCUCUACAGCGCUUCAUGGAUGGACCUCCCGACCCAGGACUCGACGGGAAUCUCGUUUUCUGGAACGGAACUGCGGUUCUUAUCAACCUCUUCGACAAAAGCACUGUCAUUGACUCUAUUUUGGGCGAGAGAUGGGAUAUCAUCAACUUCACCUGUUCGAGACUCCCACAAGACGGCCCACACCUAGUCGCCGUAAUCCGAUGCUUCACAGCCCUCGUCAAAAAUCUCGGUACGGAUUUCUGGCUCCGUGUCCACCCUCCACAACAAGGUACUUGUAUCGAGUUGAUCCUCAAUAGCUCAGCAUUGUUGGAUUGGUUGAUGAACAUCGACGGUCCACAAGAUCUGGAUUGGAUCUACCACCAGAAGCAGAAAGAGAAGGAGCAGAGAGACAAGGAGCUAUUGGGGUGGACUGAUCCACUCGCUUGGAUCCCCUACCUCAUCACGAACGCGAAAGCGUCGAACAAGCGAUUAUUCUGCGACCGUAUCAUGCCUGUCGUGCUUGGAAGCUUGCCAAAGACCCCGAAUUUGCCGGUGAAUGCUAGAGCGAAAUGUUUGGAGGAGGGGCUGAGCGUGAUGAGGACAGUUAUGGCUGAGGCAAGCGAGAUGUAUCAUAUUGAGAGUGAGGUGCAUAGUAUUAUGCAGCAGGAGAUUCGACAAAUCGGUGAUGCGAAUGCUGCGGUUAUCAUCGAGGAAGCAUUCUCUAAACUUUACCUCACGAAUGAGCGGUGGGUCACCAUCCAUGGGGAUGCGUGCAAGAUCAUCGAGUUGUGCGCCGAGAUGGAUUGUAAGCGACUCAAACAUGAAUACAAAGGCGUUACGGAGGGGAAUUCGGCACCGAGUGUGUUGUAUGGUUUCGAGCGUGGGAUGGAGUCAUUUUGGGAACCACUCUUAAGUGUUAUCUCGGCUGAUUCGCCGGAGAUGUGUGCGAUCGUACUCAAAGCUACGGCUUCGAUUGCGUUUAUGGAGGACCUCGCUAAACCAGCGGGAGGGGCUGGGAAGGCGAGCGAGAAGGAGGAUAUGUUCAGGAGGAUUAGGAAUUCGUUUCAGGAGAUUAUGCAGCAGAUUCUGGAGAAGUUGAGUGGACUCGAAUCACAUCGUCUGAAAGAGGUGUUGGCGCAUCCGGAGGCUGUGCAUGCGUUGUUGCAGCUUACGGUUUCUGUGAAUCAGUCGUUUCAGCAGGAAGCGAUUGAUAUCGUCAAGCAGGCGAACGACGCAGCUAGUCGUGCGGAGGCUAUCCAGGGGAUGUUCACGACGUUCUUUGAGGGUACGUGUGAGGGGUUCACCAAUGCCUUCGAGCAAUUCUGUCAUUACAAGCCGUUUCAGGCUGCGACGCGGGCUGUGUCGACGUUGGCAACGAUUGUGGAGGUGCUUACGUCUCCGGGGUCUGGGGUGUUGACGACGGAUAAGGAUUCUGUGGUGCGUUCGCAGGGGAAUUUGCGGGCGCUGUAUCACCUUUGGCAGGCGAUGUGGAAGGCGUUGGAUGUGUUGUUUUUGAAUUGUGUAGCGUGGGCGGAGAAGAUUGAUCGUGAUGUGAUGGUUGAUCUCAUGCGUGAUAUGCUCGAUUUGACGACGAAUUUGCUGGAUGGGUACACGGCGAUAGACGAGGUGCUUUGUCAUCUUGCGGAUAUGCCGACGACGGAGGCGUCGCGUGGGAAGACGUGUGUGACGUUGCCGGAGGAUAUGGCUGUUCCGCUCAAAGCCAUUGCGAACUGGCUUCGUCUUAACGAUGAGUAUCUGCUGCGUAAUGCGGUCAGUGUGCUUUGCAGGAUUCUGGGCAAGAUGGCGCAGUACUCGAUUAUUAUGGAUCAAGGCGUCCAUAAGUUGAUCGAUAAGGUCAUUAGGAGUGCUGCGAAGAAGGGGAAGAACAACAACCUCUCGGAGGAGCAGGUGCAGGACUUGCGCAUCGCUCUCAGCGAGCAUUAUCCGGAGCCUGAGGUUCCUGUAGCAGCACCGCCAAAGUCAAAUGUGCCAGGCUCUACUACUUCGUCCAAGAUUGACUUCAGCAAAUGGCAGGCUAACGCUGGAAGUUCCUCUGCUGCACCGAUCAGCAUCACUGAUGACGAUGUCCGGGUCCGACCCGUUGCGGGCCGGCCCGUCGAUCCGAGAAAAGCACUCGGCGUCAAACCGACAGCAAAGCCGCAGGCGAGCGAUGCAAUUACCCGCCUGCGGCAAGAAAUGGCAGCGAGCGCCAAACGGCCCAUUCCUCACCCGCAGAUACGCAAGCCCGUCGUAAAGAAAAACGAAACACCUGGAAAUUCUGACGACGAGAGUGAUGAGGAAGGAGUGAAGGACAAUGGUCUUUUUGCACUUGCUCAGGAGAGUAAGCCUGCUCCGGUGGUUAGGAAGCCGAUUGAGAGGAGGCCGAUUCAGAUGAUCAAUAUGCCCAUGGCGAAUAGGCCUAAUGUUGAUGAUAUGAGACGGCAACGCUUGAAUGCUGAGAGGAAUCUCCGAGCACGUCUUUCGCCUGAUUUGUCGCCACUUCACCGGGCAAUGUUGAAGUGGGAUCCUCAGCAUGCUGGUGAUAUGCCUCCCGACGCCGACCGACAAAAUUACCAGAAGGUUGCAUCCACUUUUGCGACGGCUGACAGGUAUAGUGCCACAUUCCUGCCACUUUUCUUGCUUGAGGCAUGGCAACAGAUUGUUAGAUGCAAGGAAGAGAAGUUGGAUCAGCCUUUCAAGUUCUUGAUUCACAACCGUGCUUCGGUCGAUGACUUUAUCGACAUCUUCGUCACUGUCUCGCACGAUGCCUUCAAGGAUACUCAUCUCUCAGACACGGACGUCAUGGCCAUUUCUCAGAUGCCUCAACCCUUCAAGAAGGACAAGGAAAACUUGGCUUGUCUCGCCAAGGUCCAGAGUACUACGAGGAAGAAGGAUGUGGUCGAAGUUUGCUUGCGCUGUAUCCCGCCGCCGGACAUGCUGUCUUACAUCCGUCCCAAGAUGGAGUUGUACGCAACGAAGCUAUGGAAUUUGACGCCUCUUCACCGUGAGUAUGCUGCGCUCAGUGGUCUUCAGUACUACGACCUCGUCGACGAUAUCAUCAAGGCUCGUAUUCGACAGUCACCCAGGCCUACUCCUGAGCAGAUUACGCGUGCCAUGAAGACUUACAAUCUCAACCAGCCUCAAGCUGCUGCCGUCCUUGGCGCCAUCAGAUCUCAGGGUUUCAGUCUGAUUCAGGGUCCUCCUGGUACUGGUAAAACAAAGACCAUUCUGGGUAUCGUCGCUGCUUUCAUGGCGGAAGGUCGUGCUAAAGGUCAGCGCAUUGCUCUUCCUGGUCAGGUUCAGGGUGCUCCUCCGCCGCCACCGAAGAUCAUGAUUUGUGCUCCUUCCAACGCUGCCGUCGAUGAAAUCGUCUUACGUCUCAAGGCUGGUAUCUAUGAUGGUCAAGGAAAGCUUUACAAGCCUAACAUUGUUCGUCUUGGUAUGAGUGAUGCGAUCAACGCUGCCGUUAGAGAUGUUACGCUCGAGGCUCUCGUUGAUGACCAGCUCGAGGCAUACAUUGCCGCCGAAAUCAACAAGAGUGGCGGACCUGUCAAGGAUGCUACCAAGUUGCGCGAUGAAAUGAACCGGGUUGUGAAGGAGCGUGACGAGAUCCGUGUUCAGAUCGAGCAGGCUCGUGAGCAUGGACAACUCACUUCCGAUCUUGAGUCUAGGUUGAAGGCUCUUACCACCCGCAAGAACAACCUUGGUCAAGCACUUGACGAGAGUCGUGAUAAGCAGAGGGCGAACAACCGUGCAAAGGAUAUUGCUCGUCGCAAGAUCGAGUCUGACAUCCUCGCUCAUGCUGAUGUCAUCUGUGGUACCCUUUCUGGUUCCGGUCACGAAAUGGUUGGACAGUUGUCUAUCACCUUCGAGACCGUCAUCAUCGAUGAGGCUGCCCAGUCCGUCGAGGUUAACGCAUUAAUUCCGUUGAAGUACGGAUGUAAGCGUUGUAUCCUCGUCGGAGAUCCGAACCAGUUACCUCCUACGGUUUUGUCGCAGAAGGCAUCGAGUUACGGGUAUGAUCAGUCUUUGUUCGUGCGUAUGUAUCAGCGUGCGCCUGAGUCUGUGCAUCUUUUGUCCAUUCAGUACCGUAUGCACUCGGAAAUCAGUCGAUUUCCGUCGAAGACUUUCUACGACUCUCAGCUUAUCGACGGUCCGAGCGUGGAUAAACAGACCGCUCGUCCUUGGCAUGCAAGUACGUUGUACACGCCCUACAGGUUCCUUAAUGUCAAGGGGCGUGAACAGUUCGGUCGUGCACACUCAGUGAUGAACAAGAUGGAAGUUCAAGCAGCUAUGGAUUUGUACGAGAAGAUCGGGAACGAAUUUUCCGAGAUCGAUUUUGAUGGAAAGAUCGGUAUCGUUACGCCUUAUCGUGGACAGAUGCUCGCUCUGAAGGAUGAAUUCAAGAAGAAGUAUGGACAGACCAUCACCACGAUCGUCGAUUUCAACACCAUUGACGGUUUCCAAGGUCAAGAAAAGGAAAUCAUUAUCCUAUCCUGUGUCCGUGCCGGGAGCGGUGAAAAGUCCAUUGGUUUCUUGGCUGAUGUCCGUCGUAUGAACGUCGCGCUCACGCGUGCGAAGGCGAGUAUCUUUAUUCUGGGUAACAGCGACCACCUCGGAUCUAGCAACAGCAAACAUUGGAGGAUGUUGAUUCAGGAUGUCAAGGAGCGUGGGUUGUUGACGGAUUUUACACCGGAGAUGUUAAGGCAGCCUACGAGGACUGGAGCGAAGCCGGUGGUGGAGACUUCCGUGGUCAAGGCGGAGCCGGUGGUUAAGAUGGAGGGACAUGCGUAUCCUAUUUUGCCUAUGGAGAAUGUUGGUAGGGAUAGCGCGAAGGAUCUCACCACGGGAACCGAGAAGCAUAAGGUUGAGGACGGGGAGGAGGGUCCAGCGGCUAAGAGGAGGAAGAUGGGUACGGAUCAGCUACCUGCCCCCGUCGCUAAGGCUCCCGCUCCCGCUCUGGCUACCGCCGUUGGGGACGUCCUCGAUAUGAGCAUGUCCGAAGCUCCCGCUCCAGACACGAAGACCGCCAACGUCGUCGCCGAGGGCGCGGCAGCUCCUCAGGCCCCACCGGCUGUUGUCAGACCACCUCCGAGGACGGUCAUGCCGCCGAGGAAGAAGGAGGAGUAUAGCUUGGGUAUAUCGUCUCGUCCGACGAACAAGCCAAUUAACAGGCCUCUGAGGGCGACAGAUGGCAAGGAUCAAGCGACGGGGCCGCAGCCGGUGAAUCGCGAUCGGCAGGCGUAGAGCGAGGGGAGU